ACGGUGUCUUUCUUAAUUUGCAGGUGUCUACGGAGCUGCUAUUAGUGUUUUGGAAACAAAUCAGGCGGCUGUUUGAAGUAUAAUAGGCGUAGGCUCUGUGCUGUUGAGAAUAGCUGCGAGGUGUAAUUUUGAUACAUUUCAUCAUCCAGACGCACUAACCAGAAUGCUGGUUUACCUCAGACACAAGACACCCCAACUGGACCAAGAACGACAUAUUGUUAGCCAUGGCUUGCCUCCUGCGCUAUGCCUCCAGCAGCUCCAUCCCAUUGUUUCAAAUUGUUCACCUCAGGACCUUGCAAAGAGCACCCGGAAAAAGACAUUUUAAAACCUUUCCAGUUUUAUGGAACCAGCAAGCAUCAAAAGGAGUUCGUUAUACAGAUCUCUUGGUUGGCGUUCCGAAGGAGAUCUUGAAGAAUGAGAAGAGGGUGGCAGUGACCCCUGCGGGAGUCCAGGCCCUGGUCAAGCAGGGGUUUAGCGUGCAGGUUGAGACAGGGGCUGGGGAUCAGGCAAAGUUUUCUGAUGACCAAUACAGGGAAGCAGGUGCCAACAUUAACGAUGCAAAGGCUGUUUUUGGCUCAGAUCUUGUACUGAAGGUAAGGGCUCCAUCGUUUAAUAAUGUCUUGGGAAUACAUGAAGCUGAAUUACUUAAACCGAAAGCCACUCUCGUUAGCUUUAUCUACCCAGCACAAAACCCUGAUCUUAUGGACAAACUUUCAAAACAAAAAGUCACCGUCCUGGCAAUGGAUCAGGUACCCCGAGUGACCAUUGCUCAAGGAUACGAUGCUCUAAGUUCAAUGGCUAAUAUUGCAGGGUACAAGGCUGUCAUUCUGGCAGCAAACCAUUUUGGAAGAUUUUUUACUGGCCAGAUUACAGCAGCUGGAAAAGUUCCUCCAGCAAAGGUAUUGAUAAUUGGUGGUGGUGUGGCUGGGUUAUCUUCUGCCGGGGCAGCGAAGUCUAUGGGAGCCAUUGUCAGAGGAUUUGAUACAAGGGAAGCUGCUCUUGAACAGUUUAAAUCCUUCGGAGCUGAGCCUCUGGAGGUGGAACUGGCAGAGUCAGGAGAAGGGGUGGGAGGUUAUGCCAAAGAGAUGUCCAAAGAGUUUAUUGAAGCAGAAAUGGCAUUGUUUGCAAAACAAUGUAAGGAUGUGGAUAUUGUUAUCAGCACUGCACUAAUUCCAGGAAAAACGGCGCCUGUUCUAAUAAAGAAGUAUAUGGUGGAGUCAAUGAAGGAUGGCUCGGUAAUUGUGGAUCUCGCUGCUGAAGCUGGAGGAAAUGUUGAAACCACCAAACCCGGGGAGGUCUAUGUCCACAAGGGCGUCACUCACAUUGGAUAUACUGAUUUGCCCAGCAGAAUGCCAAGCCAGGCCAGCACUCUCUACUCCAAUAAUGUUUUGAAAUUACUGAAGGGAAUAAGUCCUGAUAAGGAAUACUUCUAUUUUGAGCCAAAGGAAGAUUUUGACUAUGGAACGGCUGACCAUGUUAUCAGAGGCACUGUGGUGAUGAAGGAAGGCAAAAACCUAUUCCCAGCCCCUUUACCCAAGACUCUUCCACCACCUGCUCCUCCCAAACAGAAGUCAUUCACAGAGUUAGAAGCACAAAAAGUGGCCGAGAUCUCUCCCUUUCGAAAAACGAUAACCUCCGCUGGCGUCUAUACAGCAGGUUUAUCAGGAGUUGUGGGGCUUGGUAUGAUUUCCCCGAACGCUGCGUUCACACAGAUGGUCACCACGUUCGGUUUGGCUGGGAUUGUGGGAUAUCACACAGUCUGGGGGGUCACUUCGGCCCUGCACUCCCCACUGAUGUCAGUCACUAAUGCUAUUUCGGGGCUCACAGCUGUUGGUGGUCUGGUGCUGAUGGGUGGGGCUUACACCCCUUCCAGUUUCCCUGAAAGCCUGGCAUUGCUUGCUGCCUUUGUGUCCUCCAUUAACAUUGCAGGUGGUUUCACGAUUACCCAGAGGAUGCUUGACAUGUUCAAACGUCCUACAGACCCCCCAGAGUACAACUAUUUGUAUAUGAUACCUGGAGCUGUGUUUGUGGGUGGAUAUGGUGCUUCUGUUGCUAGUGGCUACAACAUUGAGCAGAUGAUGUAUCUGGGCUCAGGAUUGUGCUGUGUGGGGGCACUGGCUGGUCUUUCUGCCCAGAGAACCUCGAGACUGGGAAAUGCACUGGGGAUGAUAGGAGUGGCUGGAGGGAUUGCUGCCACUUUGGGUAGUCUUAAACCAUCCCCAGAGUUACUGUCUCAAAUGUCUGUUGCCAUGGCCACUGGAGGCACAAUAGGUCUCACCAUUGCCAAGCGCAUUGAGAUAUCUGACCUCCCUCAGCUUGUGGCAGCGUUUCACAGUCUAGUGGGCCUAGCUGCAGUUCUCACCUGUGUUGCUGAGUAUAUGAUCGAGUACCCUCACCUUGAUGUACAUCCUUCUGCUAAUGUCCUCAAGACCGUGGCUUACCUGGGAACGUACAUUGGUGGGGUCACAUUUAGUGGCUCUUUGGUAGCCUAUGGAAAGCUACAAGGCUUGCUGAGCUCUGCUCCCUUGCUCCUGCCUGGUCGGCAUCUUCUUAAUGCCGGUCUGAUGGCAGCCUCAGUGGGUGGCAUGGUUCCCUUCAUGCUGGACUCCAGUUACACUACAGGCAUGGGGUGUCUGAUUGGUGUUUCAGGACUCUCCACUGUCAUGGGGGUGACGUUGACCGCAGCUAUCGGCGGUGCUGACAUGCCUGUGGUGAUCACUGUGCUCAACAGCUACUCAGGCUGGGCCCUGUGUGCUGAGGGAUUCCUGCUGGACAACAAUCUCAUGACAAUUGUUGGUGCUCUGAUUGGAUCCUCUGGGGCUAUCCUUUCUUACAUCAUGUGUGUGGCAAUGAAUCGAUCAUUGCCCAAUGUUAUCCUUGGAGGUUACGGUACUUCUUCCACUGGUUCUGGAAAGCCCAUGGAGAUUGUUGGAACCCAUACAGAAGUAAAUGUGGAUCAGGCAAUUGAGAUGAUAAAAGAAGCGAAUACCAUCGUUAUUACUCCAGGCUGGGGUCUGUGUGCUGCUAAGGCUCAGUACCCUAUUGCUGACAUGAUUAAAAUGCUUCUGGAACAGGGCAAACGUGUAAGGUUUGGCAUCCAUCCGGUUGCUGGUCGCAUGCCUGGUCAGCUUAAUGUGCUUCUGGCUGAAGCUGGUGUUCCUUAUGAUGUUGUGUUAGAAAUGGAUGAGAUAAAUGAGGACUUCCCAGAAACGGACUUGGCCUUGGUUAUUGGUGCGAAUGACACGGUAAACUCUGCUGCACAGGAGGAUCCAAACUCCAUAAUUGCAGGGAUGCCUGUCCUGGAGGUUUGGAAGUCCAAGCAGGUUAUCGUGAUGAAGCGGACCCUUGGAGUUGGCUAUGCUGCAGUAGACAACCCUAUUUUCUACAAACCCAACACUGCAAUGCUGCUGGGGGAUGCCAAGAAAACAUGUGAUUCUCUACAGGCUAAAAUCAGAGAGGCAUUCUACUAAAAUCUUCAUUGUGUAUGAGAUUUAAUUGAGUACCUUUUUUAUAGUUAAAGAUAUACACUUAAUAAGGAUUUUAAAAAAUGAUUGUGAAAAGAAACUAUGCAUACACUGUGGUUGUAAUAUGGCAGUUUAAAGAUUUUGCUGAAAGUUUUUGGUAAUGUUGUUGUAAAGCCAUUAUUAAUAAUAUCUAUUUAAGAAAUUAUGCAUCUCAAAUUGAAUGUACUGAUUUGUAAAUACUACAGUUUGUGUGCCUUAUCUUGUAAUGUCAUUUUAGUAAGUAAUUAAAAUGCUGUAAUGCAGAAUAGACUAAUUAUGACGUAAUAUCUCAUCCACCGGGAUUUCUGUUCUCCAGUUACAUUUUCUAGACAGAGACUGGCUAAACAAGUUACAGUAAACCAAUUGUGCUGUUCAAUUAAAUCAUUUCUGAGUAACAAAA